AUGUGUCCCGCGGGUGGCGCGAGUGGCGAGGAUGCGACUCCGCCGACCCAGGGGACCUCUAAUGCAAUACUACCUCCCGGUCACUGUUGUCUUUACUUAUACCAACCUACUCCGCAUCUGGAAAUGCAAACUGACGAAGAAGAAUGGCUCGAAGGAAAAUUAGAUAGUGCUAAAUCUGAAAAAAGAGAUGAGAAAAGUAACAGCGGAGAACAGGAAACCUUGAAUCAGAGUGAAAUGCUGCUUGGUCUAGAAGAUGGUCAAGAUGAUGAGAUGCUAGAAGAUGUGGAAAAUGACGAAUUCCCAGAGAAAUCACCCGAACCCCUCGACCCAGAGGAACCACCAGAGAUUAUAAAUAAAUUGGCCGCUGAGGCCGCUAUAGACCUUCGCUUUAUCUGUGACGAUUACGAACUUUUUGAUGUACCGCCACCGACUCAUCGUAAACUUACACUAUAA